AUGGACUCACCAUCAGCCAUCCGGUCGAGCCCCUCGAAGGUCCUGAACCCCGUGUCACCAGAGCGCAUGAAUCAACAAACAAUACCCCCCUCACCCUCACCAUCCCGCCCCUCCGACAUCAUGGGCGUGCACCGCAAAUCGAGAGGAUUGUCCGACGUCCAAGCAAAGGUCGCGUUUCUGAAUAACCUCUCGCGUGGGAAUAGCCCGGCCUCGCCUGCACAAACACAGCAGUCGGCAGGAAACCCUGCAGCACUUCAACGGGCAAUCCUUGGACGCGAAGAGGCAGAGUCUGCGUUGCGUAAUGUAUCGGAACAACUUUCCGAAGCACAGUCGCGAGAGCGCCGGUUAAGUGAACGACUUGAAACGUUGCUGGAAGACUUACAGUCGGCAAAAGAGCGCCAAUCUAAUGAGCGAUCGAUUUUUGAGAAGGAGAUUAAGAAGGCGAGGAAAGAUGCUUUCCGGGCGGGCUCUGCUGUCGUCAAAAUUCAAGAGGACUUGAAGGAAGCCCGAGCGGAAGUCAGGAGCCUGAGAGAAGAAGUCCAGGUGGAACAAAAGGCCAAGAAUGAAGCGAAUCAGGAAGCCUUCGAGCGUGCAUACACACUUGCGGGUCUCAUGGAAGAAAUGGAAGUCCUCAAGAAGCGUCUACGAGCAUCCGAAACGGCUAUCCACUCGCACAGACUUGAGAACCGGGCACAGAAUGUUGGCAGGAUGUCACUCGCAGAUGGAGACCUCGCACUACUCAUGACGCCAACACCAAGACGUCCCAAGAGGUCCGCCGACGCGACGGUCCUGUACUCAACCAAUGACUCGUCCACCCAAUGCACUCCCCCUAAGCGCCCCCGACUAUCCGACAUCACCCCUAAACAGGAAGAGCCGCAGAACCAGCAGAACACGAAACAAGAAGAUAUCCAGAACGAAAUGAUUGAGGAGCUUCAACGUUUGCUCGACCACGAAAAACAACGUCGCACUGAUGCGGAAGAGAUGAUCCACUUCAUGGAAAUGGAGUGUCAAUUCAAGCGAUGCUCUUGUCGUCUUGCAGAGGACUCCGAAACUGCCUGCGUUCACGAGACCACACUUUCUCAUGAGAAGCGCGAAAAUGAAAUCGCCGAAGCGCCGCACGGAAAAGGGGAACACGCCGUACCCGAACCAACCAAGGCACCACCGGCUCGACACAGUCUGCGUAGGUCUGUGCACAAACCUCAGCAUGCCAUGGACGUUGAUAAUCAGGUUAAAAACGAGGAAGAUAUGGAGGAUCCUGUGAUCACGUUUUCGCCUCAGACGGGCACCUUUCGCUCUAUGCCCUCUCCUCAGAGACCGCUAGGAAAGCCCUCGAUUCCCGCUCAUUCAACGGCGCCCGAGCCUCACGUUGACGAGGAAUCAUUCGCCCAAUCGCCGCUCACGCGGGGCCCAACUGAACGUCGAAGCAAUCUGCACGACAUGGACCUCGAACGCUACCCCCACGCCCCGCCUCAGGCCCCGCCUCAGGCCACUUCCUGUGUCCAAUACACACCCUCGCCGUCAACAGCCCUGAACCGUACUUCACAAAACUCCCGAAUGUCGGUAGAACAGAACACUGAAUUCGAACUUGACACGAGCGGAUAUCCGGUCACCAAGCGUGUCCCUUUGCGCCCAGAAUCCCGCCUAUCCAACCAGUCCACCGUCGUCCCCGGAACGCCCGUCAGUCGCGAGGAGGCAUUGGCGCAGAUUCGCGCACGGAGAGGAAGAGCGAACAGCAUGAAACGAUCCGUCAGCGCCGGUGAAGGGCUCUUCAAGGGGGCUGCACCUCCGGCUAGCUCCAACCGGACUCAAGCGCAAAAUGGGAGGAAUGACCAGAGAAGGUCAUAUCACCGGUGA